AUGGGCCUUCUGUGGACGCUCAGGCGGGACCUUCUAAGGAGGGGCUCCCCUGCCUUUAAGGUGGGGGUUUGGGUGGCGGGUAUUGCUGGCGGGCUCUUUUGGAUAUACUUAGAUGAGAGGGAAAAGCCCGUUAAAGAAAGAGCUGUCUUUCUGCCCGCAAGGAGAGAAGUGCAAAUGGAAGAAGGAGAAAUACGCGAAUGGAACUUAAGACUAUCGGGAGGCAAAUUGCUGCCGCACAAAGACGGGAACCAGAAGCAGGAGCAGGAGCAGCAGCAAGAGCAGCACCAAGGACUUGAGGCUGCAAGAAAUGCGGCACUUGCUGCUAUCAAAGAGCAGGGACUGAAGCAGGAAUCAGCGGAGAAACAGCAGCAGCAGAAGCAGCAAGGAUGGUUCUCGAGUCUACUGGGGCUUGGCGACAAAGCACAAAACCCUAAAGCCAAGAAGGUGCCCCUCUUCUUCGACAAGUAA